CAUUUCUAAGAACUGUUGUGUCGGGUUAGAGAUUGUUUUAAGUUUAGGCCUAUGUGUUAUGAUAUAAAUGGUUAAGUUUACUGUAGUAGGGGAAAGAGAUGUUUAAGUUGAGAUGUUUGUUGUUGAGUUAUUAGGUUAGAUACGGUUACGUUUAGGUGCUAGGACAGAGAUGUUAAAGUUUAGGUAUUACAUUAGAGAUGGUUACGUUUUGUUAAAAGGUUAGUGAUGGUUCAUUUAGGUAUUAGGUCCGAGAUGGUUACGUUUAAGCUUUUGGUCAGGGAAAUGUUGAGACCUAUACAUGCGGUCCUAUGAAUGCGGUCCUGACACUGCGGUCCUGAGACUGCAGCCUGCUCUAUUGUAGCAACUACUCAGACAGAGCCUGGGAUGGGAGCGGAUCAGUCUUCAUAAACCUAACGGUGCUGUCGGUGGAGACGCUGCGCGAAAACGCUACGUCGCUUUAACUCAGAAAACAUUUCCUUUAUAGACCAAGCCUCAAUGUGUGGGCCUAGUGGGCCUUGGGCAGCCCAGUAGACCAAGAAGACCCUGCUACUCCCCCCACUACCCACAGGCCUGGAGGCAGAGACAGAGACAGCCAUGAGUACAGGCAAGCCCAGUGGACUGAAACCCCCUACCAAGAUAGGACGCCCUGCUGGAGUGCCAGUGAGGACGUCCCCCUCUUCGGGCGCUGUGAAGGCCUUCCCCCCUACCCCUGCUCCGGAGAGACCCCCGGCCCCCGGCGGGGCCACCUCCCCGGGCCACGAUGGAGCCCCCGGGCCGGACUUCCAGCUGGGGGAGAAGGUCUGGGUGAACGGCAACAAGGCCGGCUGCGUGCGGUUCAUCGGAGGCACCCAGUUCGCCCCGGGCCAGUGGGCCGGGAUCGUGCUGGAGGAGAGCAUCGGGAAGAACGACGGCUCGGUGGCCGGGGUCCGCUACUUCACGUGCGAGGACGGCCAGGGGAUCUUCACGCGGCCGUCCAAGCUGUCCCACACCCCGCUGCCGCAGAAGGAGAAAGAGGAGGCGGUGGUGAACGGAGGGAAGGUUGAUGCCAGCCCGGCCCAAGGUGCCAGCCCAGCACAGGGUGAAUCCAAGGGGGAGGCAGAGGCCACGCCCACCAGCCCCGCGACUGCUGCCCCCUCGACUGCUGCCCCCGCGACUGCUGCCCCCGCUGCCCAGGGCUCGGGCAUCAGGACGAUGGGAAGUUUAGAUAUAGCACUCCCGACCAGCGGGUCCAUGACCAACCUCUCCGAGACGGACUCAGUCAAGAAGGGCCAGAGGGAGCUGAGGCUCGGAGACCGAGUCCUGGUGGGGGGCACCAAGGCGGGGGUGGUGCGGUUCCUGGGUGAGACGGACUUCGCCAAGGGGGACUGGUGCGGUGUGGAGCUGGACGAACCACUGGGGAAGAACGACGGGGCGGUGGCCGGAGCCAGAUACUUCCAGUGCAUGCCGAGGUACGGGCUGUUCGCGCCCGUCCACAAGGUGACCCGCAUCGGGUUCCCCUCCACCACGCCCACCAAGGCCAAGAGUGGGCACAGGAGGUCCAUGCUCAGACACAGCCCCAGCGCCUCCUCCAUCAGCUCCCUCAGCUCCGUCACCACCUCCUCCGUCGGCGGGAAGCCCAGCCGGACCGGCCUGUUGACGGAGACGUCGGCCCGCUACGCCCGUAAGAUCUCGGGCACCACGGCCCUGCAGGAGGCGCUGAAGGAGAAGCAGCAGCACAUCGAGCAGCUGCUGGCCGAGCGCGACGAGGAGCGCUUCGAGGUCGCCAAGGCAACCAGCCAGGCGGGGGAGGUGCAGCAGGAGCUGACCUCGCUGAGGAAGGGCCAGGACCAGUAUGCCAUGGAUACGGAGGCGAAGCUGGACCAGCUGCGGAUCCUGGUGGAGGCCGCAGACAAGGAGAAGGUGGAGCUGCUCAACCAGCUGGAGGAGGAGAAGAGGAAAGUGGAGGAUCUGCAGUUCUCUGUAGAAGAGGCCUGCAUAACAAGAGGGGACCUGGAGGCGCAGAGCAAACUGGAGCAUGCCCACAUAAAGGAGCUGGAGCAGAGUCUGCUCUUUGAAAAGACCAAGGCUGAGAGGCUACAGAGAGACUUAGAGGACAAUAGGGUUGCCACGGUUUCAGAGCGGUCCAGGAUCAUGGAGCUGGAGCGGGAGUUGGCCGACCUCCAGCUGAGGCUGCGGGCCUCCAAGCAGACAGAGGGCGCCACUGCGUCACUCACACAGCAGCAGAUCAGCAGCCUCAAGACCCACGCCCAGACCCAGGAGAAGAAGACAGAGGGCGCAACUGCGUCACUCACGCAGCAGCAGAUCAGCAGCCUCAAGACCCACGCCCAGACCCAGGAGAAGAAGAUUAGUGAGCUGAGUGUGGAUCUGGAGAGCAGAUGCAAGGAGCUUCAGUCUCUAGAGCAAGAUAAAGUCUCCUUAGAAGAUCAACUUAAUAACCUGAAACACCAGCUGGAGUCGGUCGAGGAUGAGAGCAAGAGAGCCGGCAAGAGGGUCCAAGAGCUGGAUAACACAAUAGAACAGGCCAGCGCUGACAGCCAAUCAGAUAAGGAGAAGAGCCAGCGGAGGGAACAGGACCUCCAGCAACAGAUGAUGCAGGUUAAGGAGGAGUCAGAAAAGAUGUCCCAAACUCUGGAGAAACUGGAGCAGGACAAGAAGGAACUGGAGUCCCAGCUGGAGGCUCUGACCCAGCAGAACUCCCAGUACCAGGAGGAGCUCAGCCUCUCCAGGGAGCAGCUCUGUAGAGAAAUUGAGGAACUGAAGCUGGCCUCACAGAACACUCAGCCACACGAGGACUCCAACAGUCAACCAUCAGACAUGAAAGACAGAGAAAGCAUGUUGAACCAGGAAACCUCGAGGGGAAGCGACCUCAUGUCCUCCGAUAAGGACCGGGAGCUGGAGAGCCUGAGGAACGAGAUUGCGGUGUUGCGAGCGGAGAAGGCCGUGGCGAAGACCUUGCGGUCGGCGGUGGAGACGCUGGAGAGAGACAAGGCCCAGCUCAUGGGCCGCGUGCAGAGCCUGGAGCAAAGGCUCAUGGGAAGGCAGAACUCCGAGGGAGACAGUGUCAAGGACAUUGAACUCACAGGAGACUCCGCCAUGGACCAGAUGAGGGAGGAGAAGGAGUUUGCUGAGGGACAGAUCAACUUCCUGAACAGCGUGAUCGUGGACCUGCAGCGCAAGAACGAGGAGCUGAAGGUCAAGCUGAAGAAGAUGGCGCUGGCCGAGUUCAACGGCAACGACGCCCCCGACGGGCUGGACGGGGGUUUGUCCAAGCGGGAGACCAAGCCCCCUCCCAGGCUCUUCUGCGACAUCUGCGACUGCUUCGACCUCCACGACACGGAGGACUGCCCCACGCAGGCCCAGAGCCCCGACGCCGUCCCGCACACCGCCUACCACGGCAACCCCGCCGUGGAGCGGCCCUACUGCGACAUCUGCGAGGUCUUCGGCCACGCCACCGCCGCCUGCAACGACGACCAGACCUUCUAGAACCCCUCCCGGAACCCUUCCACGGACACUCCAGAACCUUCAAGAGCUUUCGAAGAAACCUUUCGAGAAAACAUUCCCUGCAACCUCCCCGUCUCCCUCCUGCUAGCUUUUGUAACCGGAGGUGUUAAGCUGGUGUCCUUAAGUCCAUGUAACCCAGUAGGAUUGUAGUUUUUAACAACUCCCCCCCCCACCCCCCUUCUACAAGUCUAACUCGUGCAACGCUAGAUCCUGCACAACCAAAAAGAUUUUCCAUAUUUAUUUUUUAUACUGUAUUUAAUGUAUAUUACCUAGUGUCCAGAGUACCAGGGAUAAGAUGCACUCCACUGGUUCUUCUGGACCGAAUGCAACGCAGAACACUUUUCCAAAUAUGCUGCUUCUGGUGCAAUAAUCGAUAUCCGAAUAUGUUGUCGUGCUGCGCGUUUCUAAUGUGUUUUCUAUUUUAAUUUUUUCUUGAUUUAUUUUUUAGAUUCAAGAAGAGUGACCGCUUUUGUCUGAUUGCGAUUGGGAAUCGUUUAUGCGCGGAAAAAACUAAAAAGCAAAGAGGAAUGAUAAGCACAAAAAGUAAAACAUUCCAGUUAAAUAGCGGUAAAACAGCAGGUAACAAAAUUAACUGCCAUGUUCUGUUUUGUACUUUUCUUGUUAACGUAUAACAAUAACCUGUAUUUCGUGGAUUAUUGACCUGUGUACAAACAAGUAACUUAAAACAGCUUUACACCGUGCAGUGUCUGACGCUCUAUUAACCAUUUCCUCUCAUUUCAUUCGAGACAACUAUAGUUGUAUUAUACCAGCAUAGGCCUUUCAAAAGUUGCUUUGUUUCUCUUUUGUUUUAUUUAUUCAAUUUUAGUAUUUUUUCAUUUGUCGUUCAGACAUGUAUAGAUAUAUAAACUAACUAAUACUACUUCUUGUGUCACUGUAGUGACAAUAGGAUCUUAGCACAAAUACACUGCAUGUCCUAGACAAUUCUCAAACUAGAAGUCUCUGCUCACCUAGUAUUGCACACUCCACUUUAAAGAUUUCAAUUUACAAAUUCUACACCCUAUUUUUCUUCCCUCAUGAGUUCCUUGUAUAGAUCAAAUCUAGAAUAGUUCAGAGAUGCCAUCCAUGUUUAUGUUGCCUGUGGACUGAAAAAACAACAACUUUUUUGAGUAAAGUUUUGGAGUUAGGUGUACAGAAAUUCCACGUUAAAAUCACAAAUAUAGAUCAUAUUGAAUCUUACAUUAACAAUGUAACAUUAGCUUUGUGACUCUUUCACACACAUGGUUGUCAGAUUCAAUCUUUUCCUCUGCUAAAUGCCAUCGGCACAAAUAUAUUUAUGUUAACUGUGUUUUUCUGCCCAGUAUUGUGUUUGAACUCUUGUAAUAGUAUUAACUUAAACACGUGUACUUUCUGUCAGUAACGGUUGUUUUCUAUGUAGAACACUUUGAGAAAUGGUCCAUCAAUUGAUUCUUGCCACUGUUAAGUGUCCCGAAUCCUUUUCGAUAUUUGGAUGUUUAUCGAAUUCUAACUGUUUUAUAUGUAUAACUGCAUAUAAAUAUCGUCAAUCAUAAUGUGUUGUCAUAUGUUAUAUUACAAACAAAUCCUCCUUCACCAUUUGUUCUCUCUGCCUUACUACUACUAAUGCAGAGUUGGCAAAAGGUUGGUCCUAAUCUACCUGGAAAGGCCUUGACAGAGCCAACAUCUUAACCUAUUUCUCACCCCUACCGAAUACUAAAAAUAUCUAUAUUACAUAUUAACAAUUGAAACAAUACAUUUCAUAUAAAAACCCUAUACUUUCUGUAUAUUAUGUGCAUAACAUAACCUAUAUGAAAGAUGCUGUAUUCAAAAUGCAUGGUAGGAAUAUAUAAAUGGAUUACAAAAUAAUCCAGCUGUCCAUUAGAUAAUUGAAAAUGUACACCAUGGAAACGUUUUGUGACUUUUAUUAAGAAAACAAAUCCAUGAUAAAAACCAACUACUGAUGGAAUAAAUAAGUCAAACCAAACUAUAAAUCUGUACAAGAUCUAAAGUAAAACAUGGUCCCAUUAACAACAUACAAGGUUUCAUAUCUCACAGAUCUUUUUGUUGUUUGUUUUUGUUUCUACACACGCACACCCACACACACGCACAAUUGUCAGCAAACUAGAAGCAAUCGGCUCGAUCAGGUGAAAGCUACAACAGAAGUACGAUUUCUUGUUUAACUGAGUAAAUAAUGCUGUGUUAAUGUCAAUACAUAGCAUUUUAAGUUCCAGCGCUGCACAACUGGGAAUGAGGUAUAUGCUAAUCCAUCUUCUAAACUGAGAACUUUUUUUAUUGUACGUAUCUUAUUUCUCCAUCCAUGAGACUUAUAUCAUCUGCUCAAGUUAUUUAAAGUCAGUUUUACUGUUGAUUUAGGCGAUGACGUCGAUUAUUCACACAUUGGAAGUGUUCAACUAAAUCACGAAGAAAAAAAAUAUGGUUUGAGGUUAUACAUUUUGAGGUCAAAGGCCUGAAUCCUUACGGGGUAGUUUCAAGUAAAUUUCACACUGAUGUCGAUGACGAAUGAAAAGGAUAAACAAAUGGACGAUGCCAGGAAUAUGAAUGGAUUCAGCCGCUAAGACA